ACUGGAAGAGCAGUACAGACAGACAGAUCAAGUUAAGAUAAUACGACUUUUGAUCUGGUAUUUGACGACCCUCUCAUCCAAACCUGAUGUUUGUGACUAGUUUGUUUAUUUUCUGUCUUGGUUGACAUCGUGACAGUAUUGUGCGGGUCAGUGAAAUACAGUCAGUCAUGAACAAUAAGGAGGUGGAAAUCUUAGCACCUUUAAGUAGGCCUCAAGAGGACCUCUUGUCAGAUGCAAUGGGAAACUACUCAGCCACAGGAGGCGAACCAAACACACUUCCUACAGACGUUAACAAAGACGCUAACAUUCAAGAAUCAAUUCAAGAUGUAAACAAACUUCCCACCGACAGCGAGAAAUCAUCCAAGCUUUCAAGCAAGGCUGUCAUUAAGGUGGGGAAUGCAGAUGACAUGGAGACCUAUGAGCAGAAUAACAUCCAGCAGGAACCUCCAAAAGAGUCGAAGAUGGAGAAGUUCUUCACCAUUCUGACUGGGAAUACUCUGGGGUCUCAUGAGGAAAUAAAUCGCCGGCUCACUGAAAAUGGUUUAACUAAGGUGACGUCAUUGGAGGAGAGUGAUGUCAUCAUGGCUUUCUGUCCCAUUGUCUCUCGUGCUGGGACUGAUAUUGAAGCAGCACUGCAGCAGAUUCCUGCUGGUAAACCUGUCAUUCUGGUAGUACUGCAUCACACCUUCAACCCAGACUACACUGUACCUGACAGCAGCAGACUAGUGACCAGAGGUGAUGUAAUACUCACAGUGGACUGUCUCUUCUAUGAGAGGCAGGGACUAUUGGAGUGUCAUCACAAUGAAGCAGCAGUCAAAACGAUUGUGAACAUAAUACCGCCAGAGAAUGACUGGGAGAUUAUUAAAGACAGUGAAGUCAGUGAAGCCAGUGAAGCCCUUGAGCAUAAAAACCUGGAGCAGGAUUCUCCAAAAGUGCCAAGGAUAGCUCUACUAGUUAUUGUAGCAGGGAAUACUCUGGGGUCUCAUGAGGGCAUAACACAGCAACUAACCACAACCAGUAGCGUAACUGGGGUGAAAUCACCAAAGGAGAGUGAUUUCAUCAUGGUUUUCUGUCCCAUCGUCUCUCGUGCUGGGACUGAUAUUGAAGCAGCACUGCAGCAGAUUCCAGCUGGUAAACCUGUCAUUCUGGUAGUACUGCAUCACACCUUCAACCCAGACUACACUGUACCUGACAGCAGCAGACUAGUGACCAGAGGUGAUGUAAUACUCACAGUGGACUGUCUCUUUCAUGAGAGCCAGGGACUAUUGGAGUGUCAUCGCAAUGAAGCAGCAGUCAAAGAGAUUCUGAAGAAGCUUAAUAUACAUCCUGAGAUUGCAGUUUCUUCCUUUGGCCCUCAUAUCAUCUGGCAGUUCUCAACUGAAGUUUACCAAUUGUUUAAGUCAGUUCUAACUUCAUGUUGGCAAUGGGUGGGUUGGCCAGAGUGGCCGAGUCUUACCUCAACCACUGCAACAGAUGAAGUGCCUGUUUGCGAUCAUGAAGUGCAACAUUAAGAUGAAGCACAUUGCUCCCCAGCCUUUAAGUUGUAAUAAUGAGUGAAUAAGUGGAUUGAAGUCUGAUUUUGAAAAACGUCUAUUCAUAGUCAAAACAUUUGACAAUUUAACCCUAGAAAUAUAACUAACUAUAAGCGUUAGAAUAUGCACUUAUAGCCUAAGUGAGUCUGGAACAACUAAAGUGUGUUUUGUCAAAAUUGCUUAAUAAUGAACUCCAUUAAUGUGGAUAAGUAUAAAGAUAAUGUAAUAUAAUGCUUGAGACAACUUUUGAUGGGAGUAUAAAUAAAUAUACACUACCUGCCAACAGUUUUAGAACACCUACAUUCAAGGGUUUUUCAAUAUU